AGGUAAGCAAACAGUAGUUUAUGGUAGUCUGAUUAACAACAAUUUAAAUAUAUUCCUUAAAAGUUCAUAAAAAUACUUAAAAUGGAUGCAAUAUUCAAAGAAGAAAUACUGCCAAAUCCAAGAUCAAAAGCUAAUAUUUUUGAAAUUAUAACAUACAAGUGGAUCUUAAAAUUUAUCAAAAAAGGAUUAAACAAAGAACUAGAUUUAAUUGAUUUAUAUAAAGUUUUGGAUUGUGAUUCAUCUGAUCUAUUGGGAAAUAAAUUACGAAAAUUUUGGGAUGACGAAUUAAUAAAUGCAAGAACUAAUAACCGAAAUCCUAAUUUUGUUAAGACGCUAUUUAAAACGUUUGGCACAAAGUUCAUGUUUAAUGUAACCUAUUUAGCUGUAUUACAAAUUAUUUUAAGCAUGUGCAUUUCAACUAUGGUAGGACUAAUAGUCAAUCAUUUUGAAAUUAAAUCAUCUUUUGAUCAAAAUCCAGUUGGAGUAUACUUAGCAAUUGGACUAAUUUUACUAUUGUUAACAAGGGCAAUGGUUUAUAAUAGCAACAAUAUGUCAAAUGCACAUUUAUCAAUGCAAAUACGUGUGGCGACAUGUGAUCUUAUAUAUAAUAAGACUCUGCGGCUCAAAAUAAAUUCUCUAGACCCGACUACAACUGGUCAUAUAAUAAACUUAAUGUCCAAUGACGUUAACCGAUUUGAUGUAUCUUUUCCGUAUUUACCUUACUUGAUAAUUGGACCUUUGGAAACAUUUGUUACAAUUUAUUUUUUGUGGCAAGAAGUAGGUGUGUCAUCAAUUAUAGGAGUGAUCACAUUACUCAUCUUUAUACCAUUACAAGUCUGGUUGGCGUCGAUAACUUCUAAUAUUCGAUUAAAAAUAGCCAACAGAACCGACAAGAGAGUUAAUUUAAUGAACGAAGUAAUAUCGAGGUUACAAGCAAUCAAGAUGUAUACUUGGGAACCAUUUUUUGACAAUCUUGCAAAACAUUUAAGACAGGAAGAAAUUACCAAAAUUAUCAAAGUAUCAUACAUAAAAAGCAUUUUAACGUCUUUCUUUUUAUUUAACACAAGAGUAGCGUUGUUUUUUAACAUAUUUGCAUACAUUAUGCUUGGAAAUUAUAUAACCGCAUCAAAAGUGUUUGUUAUAACGUCGUAUUAUAACAUUUUGCGAACAUCACUAACACUAUGUUUCCCACCAGGGAUAAGUCUAGCUGCUGAAUUACUAGUUUCAAUCAAAAGAAUUGAGCAUUUCCUGUUACGUGAAGAAAAAUAUGAACAAUCAGAAAAAGGAAGUCAAACAAAAACCAUAAAUGGGUUUGAAAAAUCAAAUAAUCAUAGUGCAGUUCCAAAUAACAAUAAUAUCAAUCAAAAUGAUACUAAACAAUUAAGUAAUUUUAGUAUAGUCAUUUCAAAUGCUACUGCCAAGUGGUCGGACGCUCAAACCGAAAAUUCUUUAGAUAAUAUUAAUUUAAUCAUAAGACCUGGUCAAUUGGCUGCAAUAAUCGGACCAGUAGGAGCUGGAAAAAGUUCGUUAAUACAAGCAAUUUUACAAGAGUUACCACUUUCUGAAGGGAACAUCUCAAUACAUGGAAAAAUAUCUUAUGCGUCACAAGAACCAUGGUUAUUUUCAGGUUCUAUAAGACAAAAUAUUUUAUUUGGUUCAGCGAUGGAUAAGGAUCGUUAUAAAAGGGUUAUACAAGUAUGUGCAUUAAAAACUGAUUUAGAACAAUUGACGUACGGAGAUAGAACAAUAGUAGGAGAAAGAGGAGUUUCUCUUAGUGGCGGACAGAGAGCAAGAAUUAAUUUAGCAAGAGCAAUAUACAAACAAGCAGAUAUUUAUUUAUUAGAUGAUCCUUUAUCAGCAGUCGAUACUCGUAUUGGAAAGCAUUUAUACGAAAAAUGCAUAAAAUAUUAUCUUAAAGAAAAGACUUGUUUACUCGUAACCCAUCAAAUUCAAUACUUAACUAAUGUAGAUAAAAUUAUUUUGAUGGAAAAUGCAAAAGUGGUAACAGAGGGUUCUUAUCAAGAACUUCAAACUUCCGGUUUAGAAUUCACAAAACUGUUCAAAUCGUCUACUGAAACAGCAGUUUUGCUCGAUAAUGAAUGUAAAAUGAAUAAAUCUUGCAACAAUUAUAAAGCACGUUCCAUACCAUAUAAUCGACAAGAGUCUGUCUUAAGUAUUGCGUCGUCAAUAGAAGAGAGCAUAUUUAAUAAUACUAUGACUGAACCAGUUGAAAUAGCCGAAACGAGUUCUUCAAAAAAUAUAUCAUUUAAUGUUUAUUUAUCAUACAUUUUUGCUGGUGGCCAUAUUUGCAAAGUUAUAUGUUUAGUAUUGGUUUGUGUUUUAACACAAAUUAUUGCAUCAGGUGGAGAUUAUUGGUUAACUUAUUGGGUAAAUUUAGAAGAACAUUUUUUUAUUAAAAUCAAACCUUUGAUGCCUAUCAGUAAUGGCACAUCUACCACAGAUGAUCCUUAUAUAGAAUUAAUACCGUGGAUUGUAUCAAGAAAAACUUGUAUUAUUGUAUUUGCUGCAUUAACUUUCUCGAUAAUAUUAGGCGCCUUAGCUAAUUCCAUUUUAUUAGUAUCUAUAUGCACUACAGCAUCAACGAAUUUACAUAACCAAAUGUUUAAUGCUAUCACAAGAUCAACAAUGCAUUUUUUAAAUAAGAACCCAUCAGGGCGAAUUCUCAAUCGUUUUACAAAAGAUAUAGGACUUAUUGAUGAAAUAUUACCUAAUGUUUUAGUUAGCGUUAUACAAAUUGGUUUAAUGGUGAUUGGGAUAAUCGUAGUUGUUGGCAUUGUCAAUCCUUAUUUAACCAUACCAACAAUCAUUUUAAUGUUGGUUUUUUUCAAAAUGAGAAAUAUUUAUGUAACUACAAUUCGUAACAUUAAACGUCUAGAAGGAGUCACUCGGAGUCCUAUAUAUACCCACGUGAAUUCAUCUAUUCUAGGAUUGACGACAAUAAGAUCAUUUAAAGUUGAACAAAUUCUUUUUAAAGAAUUCGCCAUCCACCAAAAUUUACAUUCUUCAGCGUGGUAUUUAUUUAUUACUUUAAAUAAAGCAUUUGGAUUUUGGCUGGAUUUAAUUUCCAUAUUAUUUAUAAGUACUGUAACAUUUUACUUAAUAUAUUUUGACAACGAUAACUACAGUGGAAAUGUUGGAUUGGCUAUUACGCAAACAAUUGGAUUAACUGGUUUGUUUCAAUGGGUAGUUAAACAAUCUGCGGAAUUGGAAAAUCAAAUGAUGUCUGUUGAAAGAGUUUUAGAAUACAUUAAUAUACCACAAGAAUCAACUCUUGAAUCGCUUCCAGGUUACAGCUACAAGAAGCCACCAAAAAUAUGGCCACAUAAAGGUCAAAUUAUAUUUAAAAAAUUGUAUCUACGUUAUGAUCAAGAUGCGCCAUUUGUUUUGAACGACCUGAAUUUUAACAUUGCACCUGCAGAAAAAAUAGGAAUCGUAGGAAAAACUGGUGCAGGAAAAUCAUCUUUGAUUUCUGCAUUGUUCAGAUUAGCUUUUAAUAAAGGUAAAAUUAUUAUCGAUGGAAUAGAAAUACAUGAAUUGGAAUUACACGACUUACGAUCCAAAAUGUCUAUCAUACCUCAAGAACCAGUUUUGUUUUCAGGAACAAUGAGAAACAAUUUAGAUCCAUUUAAUGAAUAUCAAGAUCAUGUUCUUUGGAAAGCUUUAGAUGAAGUAGAACUCAAAACUGUUGUAGACGAUUUAUCGGAUGGCCUAAAUUUAAAAAUUUCAGAAGGUGGAUCUAAUUUCAGUAUUGGUCAAAGACAAUUAAUAUGUUUGGCUAGAGCAAUUAUACGAAAUAAUAAAAUUAUUAUAAUAGAUGAAGUCACUGCAAACAUUGAUCCACAAACUGAUUCUCUGAUUCAAAACACUAUAAGAAAUAAAUUUCAUAAGUGUACAGUAUUAACGAUUGCACAUCGCUUGAAUACAGUCAUAGAUUCUGAUAAGAUGCUUGUAAUGAACGCUGGCACAAUAGUCGAAUUUGAUGAUCCAUAUAUUUUAUUAAAAAAUAAAGAUGGAUAUUUGCAUAAAAUGGUAGAACAAACUGGACAAAGCAAUGCUCAAUCAUUACAUCAUUUAGCUUAUGAGAGUUACAAUAAAAGAAAAAUACCAAAUGAACGACGAUUUUCAAGUAUUAACGAAGAUGAAGAUAAACUCAAAUUAUAAAUAUUGUUAUUUAUGUAUAAUCAAAUAAGUAAUAGAUAAUUAUUGCAUAUUUAUACAC